GGUUGGGUCGCUCCAAGGAUGCCGUGGCUCCGGCGCGUCCGGGAAGUGUCCUGAAGGCGGUUUCGGAGGCUCUGGGCCUGGGCCCAGCCGUGGUGGUCAGCCCGUCGCUGAGCGGCAUGUACUCCCUGCCCUUCCUCUUCCAGCACAACCACCUGCUCAAGGCGUUCGUGCCCGUGGCGCCCAUCUGCACCGAGAAAUUCACGGCCGAGCAGUACGCCCAGAUCAAA